AUGGCGGCGGCGGGAGGCGGCGGCACCAGUAGCGCCGGCGGGGGGACCGGCAGCGCCGGGACGUCCCCCACCGCGGCGGCGGCGGAGCGCGAGCUCGGCUGGGAGGUGGCGGUGCGGCCGCUGCUCUCCGCCUCCUACUCGGCCUUCGAGAUGCGGGAGCUGCCGCAGCUGCUGGCCUCGGUCAUUGAGAGUGAGUCUGAAAUCCUGCACCACGACAAGCAGUAUGAACCAUUCUAUUCCUCUUUUGUUGCACUCUCGACGCACUACAUCACCACAGUGUGUGGGCUGGUACCCAGAAACCAGCUGCAAUCAGUGGCAGCUGCCUGCAAAGUCCUGAUUGAGUUCUCCUUACUGAGACUUGAGAACCCAGACGAAGCUUGUGCUGUAUCACAGAAACACCUGAUCCUGUUGAUCAAGGGCCUGUGUACCGGCUGCAGUCGUCUGGACCGGACCGAAAUAAUCACAUUUACUGCUAUGAUGAAAUCAGCCAAGCUGCCCCAGACAGUGAAGACCCUCUCGGACGUGGAGGAUCAGAAAGAGCUGGCUUCCCCGGUCAGCCCUGAACUGCGACAGAAGGAAGUGCAGAUGAACUUCCUCAACCAGCUGACAUCGGUCUUCAAUCCCAGAAUGGCACCAUCGCCAUCCAUGCCACAGACCCAGGGAGAAGGGGAAAGUGACGAUCAGAUAUCCACGGAUCAGGCCUCUGCAGCCCAAACCAAAAGCCUGUUCAUUGCUCAGAAUGUGUCCAGCCUGCAAGAGCUCGGCGGCUCUGAAAAGCUGCUGCGCGUUUGCCUUAAUCUCCCUUACUUCCUGCGCUACAUCAACCGCUUCCAGGAUGCCGUGUCCGCCAACUCCUUCUUCAUCAUGCCAGCCACGGUAGCAGAUGCCACUGCAGUCCGCAACGGGUUUCACUCGCUGGUGAUCGACGUGACCAUGGCCUUGGACACGCUCUCCCUCCCGGUUCUGGAACCACUCACUCCCACGAGGCUGCAGGAUGUCACCGUGCUGGCACUCAGCUGCCUCUACGCAGGAGUGAGCGUGGCCACCUGCAUGGCUAUCCUGCACGUAGGCAGCACCCAGCAAGUCCGCACAGGAUCCACAAGUUCUAAAGAAGAAGACUAUGAAAACGAUGCAGCUACCAUUGUGCAGAAAUGUCUUGAAAUCUACGACAUGAUCGGCCAAGCCAUCAGCAACUCACGCCGUGCGGGUGGGGAGCACUACCAGAACUUCCAGCUGCUCGGGGCCUGGUGCCUGCUGAACAGCCUCUUCCUCAUCUUGAACCUCAGCCCCACAGCCCUGGCAGACAAGGGGAAGGAGAAGGACCCUCUGGCUGCCCUUCGCGUCCGCGAUAUCAUUGCGCGGUCCAAGGAAGGUGUGGGCUCUCCCAAGCUGGGCCCCGGGAAAGGGCAUCAGGGAUUUGGAGUCUUGUCCGUGGUGCUGGCAAAUCAUGCCGUUAAGCUGCUGACCUCACUCUUUCAAGAUCUGCAAGUAGAAGCACUUCACAAGGGGUGGGAGACUGACGGCCCCCCAGCGGUGCUGAACAUCAUGGCCCAGAGCACAUCCAUCCAGCGGAUCCAGCGGCUGAUCGACUCUGUGCCCCUCACCAACCUCUUGCUAACCUUGCUCUCCACGUCUUACCGUAAGGCCUGCGUGCUGCAGCGGCAACGCAAGGGCUCCAUGAGCAGUGACGUGAGCGCCUCCACGGAUUCCAACACUUACUACGAGGAUGACUUCAGCAGCACCGAAGACAGCAGCCAGGAUGACGACAGUGAGCCAAUCCUCGGCCAAUGGUUUGAAGAGACCAUCUCGCCAAGUAAAGAGAAGGUGGCCCCUCCUCCUCCACCACCACCCCCUCCCCUGGAGAGUUCUCCCCGAGUGAAAAGCCCCAACAAGCAGGCCGCUGGCGAGAACGGGAACAUCCUGGCCAGCCGCAAAGACCCUGAAUUGUUCUUGAGCCUGGCGUCCAACAUCCUCAACUUCAUCACUUCCUCCAUGCUGGACUCCAGGAACAAUUUCAUCCGGAACUACCUGAGCGUCUCUCUCACGGAGCAGCACAUGGCCACACUGGCCGGCAUCAUCAAGGAAGUGGACAAAGACGGGCUCAAAGGUACUGCAGAGGAUGAGGAGUUUGCGGCUGCCCUCUACCACUUCAACCACUCCCUUGUCACUUCUGACCUCCAGUCCCCUACUUUGCAGAACACUCUCCUGCAGCAGCUGGGCGUGGCCCCGUUCUCCGAAGGGCCCUGGCCUCUCUACAUCCACCCCCAGAGCCUGUCUGUGCUCUCUCGGCUGCUUCUCAUCUGGCAGCACAAAGCCAGCGCCCAGGGAGACCCCGAUGUGCCAGAAUGCCUGAAAGUUUGGGAGAGGUUCGUUGGCACCCUGAAGCAGAAUGCCAUGCAGGGGACUCUCCCCGGCGACACGGAGGACCUGAACGUGGAGCACCUCCAGCUGCUCUUGCUGAUCUUCCACAACUUCUCCGAGAAGGGCCGGCGCGCCGUCUUGACCCUCUGCGUCCAGACCAUCCUGGAGAUGACGGCCAACCUGGACUCUCAGUUGCGGUGCAUCCCACUCCUCCUGGCUCGCCUUCUUCUGGUCUUGGACUACCUGCUUCACCAGUAUUCGAAGGUUCCUGUGUAUUUGUUCGAACAGGUGCAGUACAACCUUCUGACGCCACCCAUUGUUUGGGUGAAUGGAUCCUCCGAUGGAAGUAGGCGCACCUCUUCUCCUCUCUAUCAUGGAUUCAAGGAAGUGGAAGAAAACUGGACCAAGCACUGCUCCUUGGAUGUUGUUCCCCAGCCCAGGUUCUACUGCGUUCUGUCACCCGAGGCAUCUGAAGAUGAUCUGAACCGCCUGGACAGCAUGGUGUGUGAGGUCCUCUUCAGCAAGGCGAUGAAAUAUGACCACUUGUAUGCAGCCCUGACCUCACUGCUGGCCGCUGGGUCUCAGUUCGACACCCUCCGCAGGAAGGAGAACAAGAGUGUUGCUGCCCUGGAGGCCUGCGCGCUUCAGUACUACUUUCUGAUCCUCUGGCGCAUCUUGGGGAUCUUGCCUCCUUCCAAGAACUACAUGAACCAGCUGGCCAUGAAUAGCCCCGAGAUGAGCGAAUGCGACAUCCUGCACACGCUGCGCUGGUCUUCCCGGCUGCGCAUUGGCUCCUACGUCGGCUGGAUCAAAGAUCACCUCAUCAAGCAGGGCAUGAAAGCUGAGCACUCUGCUUCUCUCGUUGAGCUGACAUCUGCCAAGUGCAGCUCAGUGAAGUACGAUGUGGAAAUAGCGGAGGAGUACUUUGCUCGGCAGAUUUCGUCUUUUUGCGGGAUUGACUGCACCACGAUCCUUCAGCUUCACGAGAUCCCCAGCUUGCAGUCCAUCUACACUCUGGAUGCCGCCAUUUCCAAAGUCCAGGUCUCCCUUGACGAGCACUUCUCCAAGCUGGCUGCCGAGACCGACCCGCACAAAUCAUCUGAGAUCACCAAGAACCUGCUGCCUGCUACCUUGCAGCUGAUUGACACGUAUGCCACAUUCACCAGGUCCUACUUGCUGCAGAGCCUCUCUGAGGAGGGCUCUCCGGAGAACAAGCCCACCGAAGAGAAGCUGCAGGGCUACGCUGCGGUCUUGGCCAUCGGGUCCAGCCGGUGCAAGGCCAACACCUUGGGGCCUGCUCUUGUUCUGAGUUUGCCUUCAGCAGUGCAAGCCUUGUGCGAGUCGUGGAACAACAUCCAUACCAACGAGUUCCCGAACAUCGGUUCGUGGCGCAAUGCGUUUGCAAAUGACACCAUCCCAGCAGAGAGCUACAUCAGCGCUGUGCAGGCUGCCCAUCUGGGAACCCUCUGCAGCCAGAGCCUCCCUCUUGCGGCUUCCUUAAAGCGCACCCUCCUCUCCUUGGUCAGACUCACCGGGGACCUUGUUGUCUGGUCGGAUGAAUUAAACCCCCCACAGGUGAUCCGCACGCUGCUGCCUCUUCUCUUGGAGGCCAGCACAGAGAGCGUGGCGGAGAUCAGCAGCAACUCCCUGGAGAGGAUCCUGGGCCCAGCGGAGUCCGACGAUUUCCUUUCCCGGGUCUAUGAGAAGCUGAUCAUGGGUUGCUACAACAUCCUGGCCAACCAUUCCGAUCCCAACAGCGGCCUUGAUGAGACCAUCCUGGAGGAGUGUCUGCAGCACCUGGAGAAGCAGCUGGAGAGCAGCCAGGCCCGCAAAGCCAUGGAAGAGUUUUUCUCGGAGAGUGGAGAGCUGGUCCAGAUCAUGAUGGCUACAGCCAACGAAAACCUCUCUGCCAAGUUCUGCAACAGAGUGCUGAAAUUUUUCACCAAGCUCUUCCAGCUGACCGAGAAGAGCCCGAACCCCAGCCUGCUGCGCCUCUGUGGCUCCCUGGCCCAGCUGGCCUGCGUGGAGCCGGCGCGCCUUCAGGCCUGGCUGACGAGGAUGACCACCUCACCCCCCAAGGAGUCCGACCAGCUGGACGUGGUCCAGGAGAACAGGCAGCUGCUCCAGCUCCUGACGACAUACAUUGUUCGAGAGAACAGCCAAGUGGGCGAAGGCGCCUGCACCGUCCUUCUGAGCACCCUCAUCCCGAUGGCCACAGAGAUGCUUGCAAACGGCGAUGGGACCGGCUUUCCUGAGCUCAUGGUUGUCAUGGCUACCCUAGCCAGUGCUGGGCAAGGGGCGGGGCAUCUCCAGCUUCACAGUGCGGCAGUCGAUUGGCUGGGGAGAUGCAAAAAAUACUUGUCUCAGAAGAACGUUAUUGAGAAAAUGAAUGCCAAUGUCAUGCACGGCAAGCACGCGACCGUCCUGGAGUGCACGUGCCACAUCGUGUCCUACCUGGCUGACGUCACCAACGCUCUGAGCCAGACCGGCAGCCAGGGCACCCCCCACCUCUCGGUGGACGGUGAGGAGAGGGCCAUCGAGGUGGACUCGGACUGGGUGGAAGAGCUGGCUGUGGAAGAGGAGGAUUCACAAGCCGAAGACUCGGAUGAAGACUCCCUCUGCAGUAAACUUUGCACAUUUACAAUCACACAGAAAGAAUUCAUGAACCAACACUGGUACCACUGCCACACCUGUAAGAUGGUCGACGGUGUCGGUGUUUGCACUGUUUGCGCCAAAGUUUGCCACAAAGACCAUGAGAUCUCAUAUGCCAAGUAUGGCUCAUUCUUCUGUGACUGUGGAGCAAAAGAAGAUGGCAGCUGCCUGGCCUUGGUGAAGAGAACCCCCAGCAGCGGCAUGAGCUCCACCAUGAAGGAGUCUGCCUUCCAGAGCGAGCCUCGUGUUCCCGAGAGUGUCGUACGGCAUUCCAGCACCUCUCCCACGGACAAAUCCAAAGUUUGCAUCAGUGAUGGGCGAGGUUCUGAUGAGGAGAAGCCCAAGAAGAGCAGCCUGUGCAGGAACGUGGAGGGUUGUCGGGAGCAGCUGCAGUCCCAGGCCAACUUCUCUUUUGCCCCACUGGUGCUGGACAUGUUGCACUUCCUCAUGGAAGCCAUCCAGGUCAACUUCCAGCAGGCCUCAGCCAUGGGCAGCAGCAGCCGGGCCCAGCAGGCUCUCAACGAGUUGCACACGCUGGACAAGACGGUGGAAAUGACUGAUCAGUUGAUGGUGCCAACUCUCGGCUCGCAAGAGGGAGCCUUUGAAAACGUCCGCAUGAACUACAGCGGGGACCAGGGCCAGACCAUCCGGCAGCUGAUCAGUGCCCAUGUGCUGCGGCGAGUGGCCAUGUGCGUCCUUUCCUCGCCUCACGGGCGCCGCCAGCACCUGGCUGUCAGCCACGAGAAGGGCAAGAUCACAGUGUUGCAGCUCUCAGCUUUGCUCAAGCAAGCCGAUUCCAGCAAGCGCAAACUGACCCUGACUCGCCUGGCAUCCGCCCCGGUCCCCUUCACAGUGCUGAGCCUGACAGGCAAUCCUUGCAAGGAAGACUACCUGGCUGUCUGCGGGCUGAAGGACUGCCACGUCCUCACGUUCAGCAGCUCUGGUUCCGUCUCCGACCACUUGGUGCUCCACCCUCAGCUUGCCACAGGCAACUUCAUCAUUAAGGCCGUGUGGCUGCCGGGGUCGCAGACCGAGCUCGCCAUCAUCACAGCGGACUUUGUGAAGAUUUACGACCUCUCGGUGGACGCCUUGAGCCCCACCUUCUACUUCCUGCUGCCCAGCUCCAAGAUCCGGGACAUCACCUUCCUGUUCAACGAGGAGGGCAAGAACAUUGUGGUCAUCAUGUCCUCUGCUGGCUACAUCUACACGCAGCUCAUGGAGGAAGCCAGCAGCGCCCAGCACGGCCCUUUCUACGUCACCAAUGUCCUUGAGAUCGCCCACGAGGACCUGAAGGACAGUAAUGGGCAGGUGGCUGGAGGAGGAGUGUCCGUGUAUUACUCCCACGUCCUGCAGAUGCUCUUCUUCAGCUACUGCCAAGGCAAAUCCUUCGCUGCCACCGUCAGCCGAGCCACGUUGGAGGUGAUGCGUCUCUUCCCCAUCAACAUCAAGAGUUCCAAUGGAGGCAGCAAGACCUCCCCAGCGCUCUGCCAGUGGUCAGAGGUCAUGAACCACCCAGGCCUGGUGUGCUGCGUCCAGCAGACCACCGGUGUCCCUCUGGUGGUCAUGGUCAAGCCGGACACCUUCCUCAUCCAAGAAAUCAAAACCUUGCCAGCUAAAGCAAAGAUCCAGGACAUGGUGGCCAUCCGCCACACGGCCUGCAAUGAGCAGCAGCGGACCACCAUGAUCCUGCUGUGCGAAGACGGCAGCCUGCGCAUCUACAUGGCCAACGUGGAGAACACGUCCUACUGGCUCCAACCCUCGCUCCAGCCCAGCAGCGUCAUCAGCAUCAUGAAGCCCGUCCGCAAGCGCAAGGCGGCCACUGUCACAACUCGCACCUCCACCCAAGUGAACUUCCCCAUCGACUUCUUCGAGCACAACCAGCAGCUGACAGACGUGGAGUUUGGCGGCAACGAUCUCUUGCAGGUCUACAACGCCCAGCAGAUCAAGCACCGCCUCAACUCCACAGGCAUGUACGUGGCCAACACCAAGCCAGGGGGCUUCACCAUCGAGGUGACCAACAACAACAGCUCCAUGGUGAUGACCGGCAUGAGGGUCCAGAUCGGGACGCAGGCCAUUGAGCGGGCCCCCUCCUACCUAGAGAUCUUUGGCCGCACCAUGCAGCUCAACCUGAGCCGGCCGCGCUGGUUCGACUUCCCUUUCACCCGCGAGGAAGCUCUGCAGGCUGACAAGAAGCUCGCCAUCUUCGUCGGGGCUUCCGUGGAUCCUGCCGGAGUCACAAUGCUGGAUGCCAUCAAGAUCUACGGCAAGACGAAGGAGCAGUUUGGCUGGCCAGAUGAGCCGCCGGAAGACUUCCCAUCAGCGUCGGUGAGCAAUGUCUGCCCACCCAACCUGAACCAGGGGAACGGGACAGGAGACACGGAGGUAGCCACUCCGGCAGCUGCGAGUGGCACCGUCCUGGAGAGGCUAGUUGUGAGUUCUUUAGAAGCCCUGGAAAGCUGCUUUGCGGUGGGAUCCGUCAACGAGAAGGAGAAAAGCAAGGCGGCAGCCCAGGAGCUGGCCACCAUGCUUCUGUCCACCCCAGCCCCCUCCAGUGUCCAGCAGCAGACCAAGAGCCUCCUGGCGAGUCUCCACACAAGCCGCUCCGCCUACCACAACCACAAGGAUCAGGCCUUGCUGAGCAAAGCCAUCCAGUAUCUGACCACCUCGAGCAAAGAGGGUAAGGACCUCGACCCGGAAGUGUUCCAGAGGUUGGUUAUCACGGCCCGCUCCAUCGCCAUCAUGCGGCCAAAUAACCUGGUCCAUUUCACUGAAUCGAAGCUGCCACAGAUGGAAACAGAAACCAGCGAAGAAGGGCAGGAGCCCCAGAAAAACCUGGAAGGAGAAGGAUGCAGUUUUAUUACACAGCUGAUCAACCAUUUCUGGAAACUGCAUGCAUCAAAACCCAAAAAUGCCUUUCUGGCACCCGCUUGCUUGCCAGGACUGACUCACGUUGAAGCCACUGUCAACGCUCUGGUAGACAUUAUCCACGGAUAUUGCACCUGCGAGCUGGAUUGUAUCAACACCGCUUCCAAAAUUUACAUGCAGAUGUUGCUUUGCCCAGAUCCUGCCGUGAGCUUUUCCUGCAAGCAAGCUUUAAUCCGAGUGCUGAGGCCAAGGAACAAACGGAGGCAUGUGACGCUGCCGUCUUCCCCUCGAAGCAACACCCCAAUGGGAGAUAAGGACGAUUACGAUGACGAUGACGCGGAGGACAAGAUGCAGAGCUCCGGGAUGGCCAAUGAGGAGCACAUCCGGCAAGAGAGUCAAGAGCAAAGUGAGGUGGACCACGGGGACUUCGAGAUGGUGUCUGAGUCGAUGGUGCUGGAGACGGCUGAGAACGUGAACAAUGGCAACCCGUCCCCUCUGGAAGCCCUCCUGGCUGGAGCUGAGGGCUUCCCCCCCAUGCUGGACAUUCCCCCCGACGCCGACGAUGAAACCAUGGUGGAGCUGGCCAUCGCUCUGAGCCUGCAGCAAGAUCAGCAAGGGAGCAGCAGCAGUGCACUCGGCCUGCAGAGCCUGGGGUUGUCUGGCCAAGCGCCCAGCUCCUCUUCUCUCGACGCCGGGACGCUCUCGGACACCACUGCAUCAGCUCCAGCUUCGGACGACGAAGGCAGCACGGCAGCGACCGAUGGCUCCACCCUCCGGACUUCCCCGGCCGACCACGGCGGCAGCGUGGGCUCCGAGAGUGGCGGCAGUGCAGUGGAUUCGGUGGCAGGCGAGCACAGCGUGUCUGGCCGCAGCAGUGCCUACGGGGACACGACAGCAGAGGGCCAUCCUGCCGGGCCAGGGAGCGUCAGCUCCAGCACCGGCGCCAUCAGCACCACCACAGGGCAGCAGGAAGGGGAAGGAUCAGAAGGCGAGGGCGACGGGGAAGCUGAAGGAGACGUCCACGCCAGCAACAGGUUGCACAUGGUCCGGUUGAUGCUUCUGGAGAGGCUGCUGCAGAACCUGCCCCAGCUGCGGAACGUGGGCGGAGUCCGUGCCAUCCCGUACAUGCAGGUGAUCCUGAUGCUCACAACGGACCUGGACGGUGAGGACGAAAAGGACAAGGGGGCUCUCGAUAACCUCCUGGCCCAGCUGAUUGCCGAGCUUUGCAUGGAUAAGAAGGACGUGUCCAAGAAGAACGAGCGCUGUGCCCUGAACGAGGUGCACCUGGUGAUCAUGAGGCUCCUGAGCGUCUUCAUGUCCCGGACCAAGUCCGGAUCCAAGUCUUCCAUUUGCGAGGCCUCUUCCCUGAUCUCCAGUGCUACGGCGGCUGCAUUGCUCAGCUCCGGUGCGGUGGACUACUGCCUGCACGUCUUGAAGUCUCUGUUGGAGUAUUGGAAGAGCCAGCAGAAUGACGAGGAGCCCGUGGCCACCAGCCAGCUCUUGAAGCCUCACACCUCCUCUUCCCCGCCUGACAUGAGCCCCUUCUUCCUGCGGCAGUACGUGAAGGGCCACGCCGCUGACGUGUUUGAGGCUUACACCCAGCUCUUGACGGAGAUGGUGCUGCGGCUGCCCUACCAGAUCAAGAAGAUCGCUGACACCAACUCCCGCAUCCCACCGCCAAUCUUCGACCAUUCCUGGUUCUACUUCCUGUCGGAGUACCUGAUGAUCCAGCAGACGCCCUUCGUCCGGCGCCAAGUCCGCAAGCUGCUGCUCUUCAUCUGCGGCUCAAAGGAGAAGUACCGGCAGCUGCGGGAUCUCCACACGCUGGAUUCCCACGUUCGCGGGAUCAAAAAGCUCUUGGAAGAGCAAGGGAUUUUCCUGCGGGCGAGCGUGGUCACUGCCAGCUCAGGUUCUGCCCUGCAGUACGACACUCUCAUCAAUUUGAUGGAGCACUUGAAGGCUUGUGCGGAAAUCGCCACGCAGCGGACGGUGAACUGGCAAAAAUUCUGCAUUAAAGAUGACUCUGUUCUCUACUUCCUGCUGCAAGUCAGCUUCCUGGUGGACGAGGGCGUGUCACCGGUCCUCCUACAGCUGCUCUCCUGCGCCCUGUGCGGCAGCAAAGUCCUGUCAGCCGCUUCUUCCUCUGGGUCGUCGGGCACUUCGGCCUCCGCUCCUGCAGGCUCUGGGGCUGGGCAGCCGGCCGGGCAGAGCAAAUCCUCUGCCAAGAAGAGCAAGAAGGAGGAGAAGGAGAAAGACAGGGAUGGGGAGGGCUCCAGCAGCCAGGAAGAUCAGCUGUGCACAGCACUGGUGAAUCAGCUGAACAAAUUUGCCGACAAGGAGACCCUGAUCCAGUUCUUGCGGUGCUUCCUCCUGGAGUCCAACUCCUCCUCUGUCCGCUGGCAAGCGCACUGCCUGACUCUCCACAUCUACAGGAACUCCAACAAAUCCCAGCAAGAGCUGCUGCUGGACCUCAUGUGGUCCAUCUGGCCGGAGCUGCCAGCUUACGGACGGAAGGCUGCCCAGUUUGUGGACCUCCUGGGUUACUUCUCUCUGAAGACGCAACAGACGGAGAAAAAGUUGAAGGAGUAUUCCCAAAAGGCCGUUGAGAUCCUCCGUAUGCAAAACCACAUCCUGACCAAUCACCCCAACUCCAACAUUUACAACACUCUCUCCGGCCUGGUGGAAUUCGACGGCUACUAUUUGGAGAGCGACCCUUGCCUCGUUUGCAACAACCCAGAAGUGCCAUUCUGCUACAUCAAGCUCUCCUCCAUCAAAGUAGACACCCGGUACACCACCACCCAGCAGGUGGUGAAGCUCAUUGGCAGCCACACCAUCAGCAAAGUGACCGUGAAGAUCGGGGACCUGAAGCGCACCAAGAUGGUCCGGACCAUCAACCUCUAUUACAACAACCGGACGGUGCAGGCCAUCGUGGAACUGAAGAACAAGCCGGCUCGAUGGCAUAAAGCCAAGAAGGUGCAGCUCACCCCGGGCCAGACGGAGGUGAAAAUCGACUUGCCACUGCCCAUUGUGGCUUCCAACCUGAUGAUUGAGUUUGCUGACUUCUACGAGAACUACCAGGCGUCCACGGAGACCUUGCAGUGUCCGCGGUGCAGCGCGUCUGUCCCAGCCAACCCUGGGGUGUGCGGGAAUUGUGGGGAGAACGUUUACCAAUGUCACAAAUGCAGGUCCAUCAAUUACGACGAGAAGGACCCCUUCCUCUGCAACGCCUGCGGCUUCUGCAAGUACGCCCGCUUCGACUUCAUGCUCUACGCCAAGCCUUGCUGUGCAGUGGACCCCAUCGAGAACGAAGAGGACAGGAAGAAGGCAGUAACCAACAUCAACACCCUGCUGGACAAGGCGGACCGAGUCUACCACCAGCUCAUGGGGCAUCGGCCUCAGCUGGAAAGCCUCCUCUGUAAAGUGAACGAGGCAGCUCCGGAGAAACCACAGGAUGACUCCGGCAGCAGCGGAGGCAUCAGCUCCACCUCGGCCAGCGUGAAUAGAUACAUCCUGCAGCUGGCACAGGAAUAUUGUGGCGAUUGCAAGAACUCCUUUGAUGAGCUCUCCAAGAUCAUUCAGAAAGUCUUUGCCUCCCGGAAGGAGCUCUUGGAGUACGACCUGCAGCAGAGGGAGGCGGCCAGCAAGUCCUCCCGCUCCGCGGUGCAGCCCACCUUCACCGCCAGCCAGUACCGGGCCCUCUCUGUCUUGGGCUGCGGCCACACCUCCUCCACCAAGUGCUACGGCUGCGCCUCGGCCGUCACCGAGCAUUGCAUCACGCUGCUGCGGGCCCUGGCCACCAACGCCGCCAUCCGCCACAUCCUCGUGUCCCAGGGCCUCAUCCGGGAGCUCUUCGACUACAACCUGCGGCGUGGGGCCGCCACCAUGCGGGAGGAGGUCCGCCAGCUCAUGUGCCUCCUGACCAGGGACAACCCAGAAGCCACCCAGCAGGUGAACGACCUCAUCAUUGGCAAGGUGUCGGCUGCGUUGAAGGGCCACUGGGCAAAUCCUGACCUGGCCAGCAGCCUCCAGUACGAGAUGCUGCUGCUGACGGACUCCAUCUCCAAGGAAGACAGCUGCUGGGAGCUGCGGCUGCGCUGUGCUCUCAGCCUUUUCCUGAUGGCUGUGAACAUUAAGACGCCGGUUGUGGUCGAGAACAUCACCCUGAUGUGUCUGCGUAUCCUGCAGAGACUGAUCAAGCCGCCUGCCCCAACCAGCAAGAAGAACAAGGAUAUCCCCGUUGACUCCCUCACCACUGUCAAGCCAUACAGCAACGAAAUCCAUGCUCAGGCCCAGCUGUGGCUCAAGAGGGAACCCAAAGCAUCAUAUGAGGCUUGGAAGAAAUGUCUCCCUGCCAGAGGCAUUGAUGCAAACGGGAAGACCCCCAGCCGGUUGGAGCUUCGCCAGCUUUACUUGGCAGAGAAGUACACCUGGAAGUGGAAGCAGUUCAUGAGCCGGCGGGGGAAGAGGCCCUGCCCCCUGGAUCUGAAGCUGGGCCACAACAAUUGGUUGCGCCGGGUCCUGUUCACUCCUGCAACCCAGGCUGCCAGGCAGGCCGCCUGCACCAUUGUAGAAGCUCUGGCGACCAUCCCAAGCCGGAAGCAGCAAGUCCUUGAUCUGCUCACCAGUUACCUGGAUGAGUUGAGCGUUGCGGGAGAGUGUGCAGCAGAGUACCUGGCGCUCUACCAGAAACUCAUCAAGCCUGCCCGCUGGAAGGUCUACCUGGCAGCAAGAGGGGUCCUGCCCUAUGUGGGCAACCUGAUUACAAAGGAAAUCGCCCGCCUCCUUGCCCUGGAGGAAGCCACGCUCAGCACUGACCUGCAGCAGGGAUAUGCCUUGAAGAGCAUCACAGGCCUCCUCUCCUCCUUUGUGGAAGUCGAGUCCAUCAAGCGGCACUUCAAGAGCCGGCUGGUGGGGACGGUGCUGAACGGCUACCUGUGCCUGAGGAAGCUGGUGGUGCAGCGGACGAAGCUGAUCGACGAGACCCAGGACAUGCUGCUCGAGAUGCUGGAGGACAUGACAACAGGGACAGAGUCGGAAACCAAGGCCUUCAUGGCCGUCUGCAUUGAAACAGCCAAGCGCUACAGCCUCGAUGACUACCGGACGCCCGUCUUCAUUUUCGAGAGACUCUGCAGCAUUAUCUAUCCGGAGGAAAACGAGGUGACGGAGUUCUUUGUCACUCUGGAGAAGGACCCGCAGCAGGAGGACUUCCUGCAGGGGAGGAUGCCCGGGAACCCCUACAGCAGCAAUGAGCCGGGCAUCGGGCCGCUGAUGAGGGACAUCAAGAACAAAAUCUGCCAGGACUGUGACUUGGUGGCCCUGCUGGAGGAUGACAGCGGCAUGGAGCUUUUAGUAAACAACAAGAUCAUCAGCUUGGACCUCCCCGUGGCCGAAGUCUACAAGAAAGUCUGGUGUCCGACCAACGAGGGAGAGCCCAUGCGGAUUAUUUACCGGAUGCGAGGGCUGCUGGGAGAUGCGACGGAGGAGUUCAUUGAGUCGCUGGAUUCCACAACAGAUGAAGAGGAGGAUGAGGAAGAGGUGUACAAAAUGGCGGGGGUGAUGGCCCAGUGUGGGGGGCUGGGAUGCAUGCUGAACCGCCUGACAGGCAUCCGGGAUUUCAAGCAGGGCCGCCACCUCCUGACGGUGCUGCUGAAGCUCUUCAGCUACUGCGUCAAGGUCAAAGUGAACCGUCAGCAGCUGGUCAAGCUGGAGAUGAACACGCUCAACGUCAUGCUGGGAACGCUAAACCUGGCUUUGGUGGCCGAGCAGGAAAGCAAAGACAGCGGCGGGGCAGCCGUAGCCGAGCAGGUGCUCAGCAUCAUGGAGAUAAUCUUGGACGAGUCCAACGCAGAGCCCCUGAGCGAGGACAAGGGCAACCUCCUCCUGACAGGCGACAAGGACCAGCUGGUCAUGCUGCUGGACCAGAUCAACAGCACCUUUGUCCGCUCCAACCCCAGCGUCCUCCAGGGCCUCCUGCGCAUCAUCCCCUACCUGUCCUUUGGAGAAACAGAGAAGAUGCAGAUCCUGGUGGACCGCUUUAAGCCCUACUGCAACUUUGACAAGUAUGACGAGGAGCACAGUGGGGACGACAAGGUCUUCCUGGACUGCUUCUGCAAAAUCGCUGCUGGCAUCAAGAACAACAGCAACGGGCACCUGCUGAAAGACCUCAUCCUCCAGAGGGGGAUCACGCAGAGCGCCCUGGACUACAUGAAGAAGCACAUCCCCAGCGCCAAGAAUUUGGACGCCGACGUCUGGAAGAAGUUCUUGUCUCGGCCGGCCCUGCCUUUCAUCCUGAGGCUCCUACGGGGCCUGGCCACGCAGCACCCGGCCACACAGGUGCUGAUCGGGACAGACUCCAUCACGAACCUGCACAAACUGGAGCAGGUGUCCAGCGACGAAGGGAUCGGGACGUUGGCCGAGAACUUGCUGGAGGCACUGCGGGAGCACCCGGAAGUGAACAAGAAGAUCGACGCUGCCCGGAGGGAGACUCGGGCGGAGAAGAAGCGCAUGGCCAUGGCGAUGCGGCAAAAGGCCCUUGGCACGCUGGGCAUGACGACCAACGAGAAAGGCCAAGUGGUGACGAAGACAGCGCUCCUGAAGCAGAUGGAGGAGCUGAUCGAAGAGCCCGGCUUGACCUGCUGCAUCUGCCGGGAGGGCUACAAGUUCCAGCCCACCAAGGUCCUGGGCAUUUACACCUUCACCAAGCGGGUGGCCUUGGAGGAGUUUGAAAACAAGCCUCGGAAGCAGCAGGGCUACAGCACCGUCUCCCACUUCAACAUUGUCCACUACGACUGCCACCUGGCCGCCGUGAGGUUGGCACGUGGGCGUGAGGAAUGGGAAAGCGCCGCCCUGCAGAACGCCAACACCAAAUGCAAUGGGCUUCUACCAGUGUGGGGCCCCCACGUUCCGGAAUCGGCUUUUGCUACCUGCUUAGCCAGGCACAACACGUACCUGCAGGAGUGCACCGGCCAGCGGGAGCCGACCUACCAGCUCAACGUCCACGACACCAAGCUGCUCUUCCUGCGGUUCGCCAUGGAGCAGUCGUUCAGCGUGGACACGGGCGGCGGGGGACGGGAGAGCAACGUCCACCUCAUCCCCUACAUCAUUCACACGGUGCUUUACGUCCUCAACACGACGCGGGCCACCUCCCGUGAAGAAAAGAACCUGCAGAGCUUCCUGGAGCAGCCGAAGGAGAAGUGGGUGGAGAGUGCCUUCGAGGUGGACGGGCCACAUUACUACACAGUGCUGGCACUGCAUAUCCUGCCCCCGGAGAAGUGGAAAGCCAUGUGCAUCGACAUCCUCAGGAGGCUGCUGGUGGUCUCCCAGGCCCGGGUGGUGUCGCCAGGGGGGGCGAGCAGGCUAACGGAUAAAGCAGUGAAGGACUACGCCGCCUAUCGCUCAGGCCUCCUCUUCUGGGCCCUCGUGGAUCUGAUUUACAACAUGUUCAAAAAGGUGCCUACGAGUAACACAGAGGGGGGCUGGUCCUGCUCCCUGGCCGAGUACAUCCGUCACAACGACAUGCCCAUCCACGAGGCGGCAGACAAGGCCCUCAAGACCUUCCAGGAGGAGUUCAUGCCCGUGGAGACCUUUUCGGAAUUUCUGGACGUAGCUGGGCUGUUGUCUGAAAUCAGCGACCCCGACAGCUUCCUCAAGGACCUCCUCAACUCCAUCCCCUGAGCCUCCUCCCCGGAGCAGCACCCCGAAGAGACCAGAUGUG